AUGGCUCCUUAUACUGAUAUAUAUACCCGUACCUUAGUAAUCGCGUUAAAAUCACCUCCUAGUGGCAAGAAUACCUCACAAGUCUCUGCGCUAACUGGCGUUCAUCCUCGUACUGUAGAUCGUAUCUAUAGUAGAGCUAUUGCUGCAGGCUUUGAGCCAAACGACCUUCCUAUUAAGAUCCUUCCACACCACGUUCAGGAUGCUCCAAAGCCUGGUAGGCCUGCUAAGCAGGCAGAGGUGAAGGAGCAGAUAUUGCAACAAGUACGACACGAUAGAUAUGGACGAGAGAAGAGCUGUGCUGACCUUGCUGGUGGGCUCAAGGACUGGAAGAAUGUCAUCUGGACAGACGAGACGUCAGUGGUGAUCAACCACCGACGUGGGGGCUAUAGAGUCUGGAGAAAGGCAGACGAGAGGGUAGUCAAGAGCUGCAUCCGUGAGAGGUGGAAGGGAUACUCUGAGUUUAUGUUCUGGGGCUGCUUCUUGUAUGACAAGAAAGGUCCAUGCCAUAUCUACCAGCUGGAGACGAAGGCAGAGAGAGAGGAUGCUGCUCGUCGGAUUGAGCAGCUAAACGCUGAGCUUGAGCCUCUACAGCGAGAGGAAUGGGAGCUGUCAGAGUCUAUGAGAAGGACAGGGCUACGCAAUAAGCGUGGCAGGAAGCCUCAAUGGAGAUGGACAGAGAAGACAGGUAAGCUGGUGCGUAAGUCUGGAGGUGGUAUAGACUGGUGGAGAUAUCAGGCCUGCGUUCUAAUUCCAAAGCUGAUUCCUUUUGCUAAAGAGUGCCUCCAAGAUAGACCUCGGACUGUCAGACUACUUUGGUGUGGAAACUCGCCAGACUGUAACUGCAUUGAGCCAUGCUGGUUCUAUAUGAAAAGAGAGACUACAAAGAAAGGAGCUCCGCAGUCAAGGGCUGAGGCAGUUAGAGUCUGGCAGAACUGCUUGAGAGAUCUCUCACAACUUAAGAUCCAAGCUUGGAUUGAGCGAAUUCUUGUACAUAUUCAAAAGAUAAUUGAGCUACAAGGUGGUAAUGAGUACAUAGAGGGGAGAGACAAGCCUCGGCUAAGGCGGCCGCACUUCGGUUAG